AUGUCCCUUCGUUUUGACGGAAAGGUUGCUAUUGUCACUGGAGCCGGUGGUGGUCUCGGAAGAACAUAUGCUCUUGAGCUUGCCAAGAGAGGAUGCAAAGUAGUCGUCAACGAUCUUGGAGGAGAUAGACAUGGAACAUCCGCAUCUUCUUCCAUGGCUGACAAGGUCGUCCAAGAGAUUAAAGCUGCUGGAGGGCAAGCCGUUGCUAACUAUGAUAGUGUCGAGUUUGGAGACAAGAUUGUCAAAACUGCAAUUGACAACUUUGGAAGAAUCGGUAAUUUUUUUCAAAGUUUGAUUUUCUUUUAUAUUGGAACUUUAGAUAUUGUCAUUAACAAUGCUGGAAUUCUUCGUGACGUUUCUCUCCUCAAGAUGACUGAACUGGAUUGGGAUCUUAUUUUCAAGGUUCACGUCAAGGGAGCUUAUGCUGUCACCAAGGCCGCUUGGCCAUACAUGAGAGACCAGAAAUAUGGACGUAUUGUUGUCACAUCUUCCAAUGCUGGAGUUCACGGAAACUUUGGACAAGCCAACUAUGCCGCUGCUAAAAGUGCGCUCAUUGGAUUUGCCAACUCUCUUGCACAAGAAGGAGCCAAGUACAACAUCCUUGCCAACACUUUGGUCCCAACUGCCGGAUCUAGACUUACCGAGACUGUUAUGCCAAAGAAUCUUGUCGACGCCUUGAAGCCAGAAUAUGUCACUCCACUUGUCACAUACAUGGUUCACGAGUCUUUCCAAGAGUCUGGAAAACUUUUCGAAGCCGGAGCUGGAUGGUACGGAACUAUUCAGUACUACAAGGGAAAGGGAAAGGUCAUUUCCAACGCCUCCGCUGAUGAUAUCGCUAAGAACUGGUCCACUAUUACCGAUAUGGCUGGAGCUGAAUUCAUCGGAACGAUUUCCGAGCAAAGUGGAAGACUUAUGGCUCUUCUUGAUGAGAAUGAAUCUUCUAGUGCUCCAUCAGGAGGAUCCUCUUCUGGAAGUGCAUUCCCAUCAAACAUCAAGAGCAGCGCUCUCUUCCAAGAAAUGGCUGACGGUGUGAAGGCUGAUCCAAACGCAGUGAAGCCACUUAAAGCUAUUGUACUCUAUGUUAUCACUGAUGGAAAGAACGAGCUUGGAAAAUUCACACUGGACUUCAAGAGUGCAAACCCAUCGGUUUAUUUGGGAGAUGUGCAGAACGGAGAGAAGCCAAACGCCACGGUCACCGUUGCUGAUAGCGACUUUGUUGACAUUGCAGCCGGAAAAUUGAAUGCUCAAAAGGCAUUCAUGGGAGGAAAACUGAAAGUGAAAGGAAACGUAAUGUUGCUCCAAAAACUCCAAACUCUUCUUGAGAAGGCUAAGAAAUCAAAGUUGUAA